UUUACUAGUACACGUCAUUCAAUCUGUCAGAAAGAAACUCGAUUAAACAGCAAACAGUGUUCAUUAUUGAGAGUGAGGAUUAAACGCCUGCACCUUGAAUUGAUGUGAAUCUCAAUAUAAGAGUCGAAUCACUGCAGCAGCUGAAUCAUUAUUGGGUUCUGUUAGUACAUGAUCAUCCCUGAUGCACCUGUGACCAGCUGACUACUUCCUCUUUUACUGACCUACAAUGAAAGCUCUGAUUCUAGUUGGUGGUUAUGGCACGAGGUUACGACCUCUCACACUUACCGUGCCCAAACCGCUGGUGGAGUUCUGCAAUAAACCCAUCCUGCUGCAUCAGGUGGAGGCUUUAGUCAAGGCUGGAGUUCAUCAUGUGAUUCUUGCGGUGAGCUAUAUGUCCGAGUUGCUGGAGCGAGAGAUGAGAGCUCAGGAGAAAAGACUUGGAAUUAAAAUCUCCCUUUCACAUGAGAAAGAACCUCUAGGCACUGCUGGUCCUCUUGCUUUGGCCCGCGAGCUGCUGACCGACAGCGAGGAACCUUUCUUCGUCCUCAACAGUGACGUCAUCUGUGAUUUCCCCUUUGAAGACAUGCUAAAGUUCCACCAGCAGCAUGGCAAAGAGGGCACCAUUGUUGUGACUAAAGUGGAAGAGCCGUCUAAGUAUGGUGUGGUAGUUUAUGAAGGGGACAUUGGACGGAUACAUCGCUUUGUAGAGAAGCCUCAAGUGUUUGUCUCCAAUAAAAUCAAUGCAGGGAUGUACAUCUUCAGUCCUGCCAUGCUCCGAAGAAUCCAGUUGCGACCCACCUCCAUAGAGAAGGAGAUCUUUCCUGUGAUGGCAGAGGAGGGACACCUGUUUGCCAUGGAGCUGCAAGGGUUCUGGAUGGACAUCGGUCAGCCAAAAGACUUCCUGACGGGCAUGUGCAUGUAUCUACAGUCCGUACGGCAACAGGCGCCUGAGAGGCUCCGCUCUGGACUGGGUUUCCUUGGAAACGUCCUUGUGGACCCUACAGCAGUGAUUGGGGAGAACUGUACCAUUGGGCCGAAUGUGACAAUUGGUGCCGGGGUCGUUCUGGAGGACGGGGUGAGAAUAAAGCGCUGUACUGUCCUGAAGGGGGCACACAUCCGCUCUCAUUCCUGGCUGGAGUCAUGUAUUGUGGGGUGGAGCUCGUCAGUGGGUCAGUGGGUGCGAAUGGAGAACGUUUCAGUUCUGGGUGAAGAUGUUAUCGUCAAUGAUGAACUUUACAUCAACGGUGCCAAUGUUCUGCCUCACAAGUCCAUCACAGACUCUGUUCCUGAACCUCGGAUCAUCAUGUGAGACGGUCUCGCACACCCUUCACCAAGUGCCCCAGUGUGUGUUUGAGUUGAAUGCUCUGUGACAAAGAAAAUCAGCUGCUUCAAGCCUGAUGGGAAUGAGAUGGCUGGAGUAUUUGAAGUUUGCUGUUACUGAUUGUGGUGUUUAUAUUGUUAGAUGGGUAUAACGUCUGCAAGUGAAGAUCACACAAUCCUAAGAAGUCGAAUGCCGUUUCUCCCUUCUAAAGAUAUGAAAUGUGUUCUUGGACUGAAAAUAACAUUAUUCGGCACAAGAUGAAUGUUAUUUCCCUUGAAUUUGUCAUUUUGUUUUUGUUCAGGUUUAACCUGCUUUUUGUACAUUUUGUUUGUUGAGACACCACUAGACUGCCUAUGUUUCUUUCUGUUAUCAUUCUAUCAGUAUGUUUUUUCUUUUCUUUUACAGAAGUGUAAUGCUUUCAGGAUGAAACUGUAAAGAAACCGUUCACACAAAUAUAAAAAUUUGGUCAUCCGCCUAAAUUCGGUCCUCAUUUUGGAGCUUGACAGCCCCAGUGCACGUACACUUCCAUUAUUUGGAAUAAUGUGGCGAAGAGCUUCUCUAAAAAUGCAACUUUUGAGUCCAUAUUGCUUUGGAAUGAUUGAGACUGAGUAAAUAAAAGAAUUUAUAUCUUCAGGUGAACUAUGUCUUUAAAUGACAUGACUGUAGAAUGAGUGAAAUAUAUUUGUAUGCGUCAUACCCAUGAUGCAACAGCAGAUCAAACCAUGUACACACUACACCUCAAGAGUAACUAACUGUAGUAUGUACUAUAUUAUUCAAUUGUUUUUUUUUUGUUCAUGCAUAACCUUUAGAUAAAAAUGGCAGUGUGUAGAAAUGUAAGGAAUACUCACUGUGCAGAUUAACAAACAUUGACGACGUCUCUGUACCAAAUAGUAGUCUUUUCUAUCAAUGUAAACCAAUUAAACUAUGU